AUGGUGUUUUAUUAUCAACGAACAUUUACGAAAACGUACGUAGAGGUUCGACUAUUUUCGAGAGGAGAAUAUAAAUUGAAUAAAACAUUUGUUUCCUUCGACGAAUCCAUCGUUCGAGAUUACGAUGAAUCGUUUUCGAAACGUGAAAUCAAGAAAAUCACCUCGUCGGAGAGAAAACCGAAUAAAAAACUUGAAAACUCUGAAAAAAUCGACAUCGUCAAAAGGCAUUUGGAUCAGCCUAAAAAGGGAAAAGUAUCCCGUUCGUAUAGCAUGCCUGAAUAUGUUCCCACGAAAGAAGAUUUUGAAAUAAGUAAAAUAUUAAACGAACUUGCCAUCGAAACCAUAGAAGAAGUUAACAUCGAAGAUGAAGUCGGUGAUUUAGACACGGAAGCUGCCGCGAAAGAAUUUGAUAGCUUGUUCGAUAAUGAAAAUGACGAUAAUGUCGAUGAGAAAAUUAUUCGGACGAAUGUUUCCCACGAGGUUGUCAACGCCCCGACGACAAAAGCCAAGCAAAAUGUCGGAGCAUCGGUUGGGGAUAAAGAAGUAAAUGCCGUUGAAAAAAUUUUGGCGGAAAACGAAAGUCGCAAAUCAGAUUUGACUGAUUUAAAAAAAUCACCUAGUGAUAACAACAAUAAUAAUAAUAAUAAUAAAACCGUCGACCGAGAAACGAUUGACGAUGUGCAAAAUAACGACGAUGUUGAAAGACCGAAAUCGAUUAAAGAAAAAAUUUCAUCGUUCGAAGUAAAAACCAUUCCCAGUUUAAAUUCUUCUAAUUUGUUAAAAUCCGAUGGAUCGAUAAUUUCUGCCGUUGAUUUAGUCAAAGAAAAAAUCAAUGCAAGUAAUAAGAGUAAUGUAAUAAAAAAUGUCAGAAAAGAGCCUGAUUCUAAUAAAGCAAAACAAACGACAAAGUCUAUUAAUAAACCGUCAGCUGAUACAUCGAUUCCCUUGGAUAAAUCCAUCAAUGAAAUUUUAAAUAAUACGAGGAGGGAACUCGAGGACGACAACAACAACGACGGCGAUGAUGAUGAUGAUGUCGACGAAUCCGUGGACGAUAUUUUUGAAAAUAUUUAUAGCAGCCUUGAAAACGUCACGCAAAUUCAAUCAGACGAAUUGUAUGACGUUGGCACGAAAUCUUCGGUCGUCGUGACAAAUUCAAACGACGUACCUGAUUCGAUUGAAAAAUCAGAAUAUUUGCCAGAAACGCAGGAUCGUUUUCCUGUUGUAAACGAUGAUGUCAAAUGUCAAAAUGAAAAUACGUCAACAAACGUCGAAUUCAACGACGAGCCUAUUUUACGGGUUCACCAAGAGUUGGCAGAUCGACUUGUAAAUGAAUGUUUCAAUGAUAUUCGCAGUUUACUCCCAAUGAUUACAUCAAUAAUGACAAAAAACAAUGGGUUCGUUGAUAAUGAUAAAAAUGAAACGAUUAAGAUGCCAUUAGAAAAUUCAAGGCCGAUGGUAAACGUUCCCGAAAACAAGGUCUCGGAAAAAGUAAAUAAAAAAUUAAACUCUAAUUUAAAUGAAAAUUUUUCCGGGUCGAAAAUCCAAGAAAUAAUCGAACCUGAUGAUGAAUGCAAUGAUUUAGACAAAACUAUUGAAGGGUCCAACGAAAUUAUGGAUAGUUUAACCGAAAAUGCCGACGAUACGGAAAAUAAAAUCCCUAGAAAAAAUGACGAUGAUAUUAAAUUUGAAUUAGAAAAAGAAUUUAGCAAUCACAAAGAAACGGAAAAAGAUAAAUCGAUCGUGGAGCCAAAAUUACAUAAAGAGGAAAAAGUUGUUUUAAAUUCGUCUAAUCCUGAGUUAGAAAUGAUUACCGAAACAGAAAGAAAAGAUGAAAAAGAAAAACAGGAAGAAAAAAAUAAAGAAACGACCGAUAAUUUACUAGAAAAGAGACCCGAAGAAAAAAAAGAUGAGAUGGAAGAUGAUGAAGAUACAGUCAAAGAAAAAAAUGAUAACAAUAAUGAUAAGACCAUAAUGGAGGAAGUUAUCAAAAAUGCGCACAAGAUUCCAGCGGAGAUAAUUAAUUUAGAAAACGUAACUGCUGAACCAUCAUCACAAGAUGAAAACUGCGUGAAAGAUGAUUUUUCUAAUUUAAUUUCUCCGGAAAGCUCACGUGACGAAACGACAACCGGAAAAAUGGAAAAAGCAUCUGAUGAAAUUAAAAAUGAUUUAAAUUCGGAAUCAAAACAAUCUGAAAAAUUAAACGUUGAAAAAAACGGUGAUGACAAUGUGGAAUCGACAAAGACGACUGAUAAGGCAACAGUCGAAGAAGUUUGUAUUUUAAAAGAUUCCGUGGUUUUGGAAAAAGAACAAGACAUUUCAUUGAAUUCCAUACCACGAAGUUCAGAUAAAAAAUCGGUGGAAAACAUGGUGGAAAAUAAAAAUGGCGACAGAAAAAUUGUAAAUUCAAUCGUGAGCAAAAACGAUGACGAGAAUCCGAAUAAAAACGAAUCAUUAUCAUCAUUAUCAACGUCAAUCAAGUACGAAACAUGCGAACCUGAACGAUGCGAAGAACCUAAAGCAUUUUGGGUAAGCGAAUGA